GAAUUGUUUGUAGUCACUAAAAAACCGUUUGGGUAGCUUUCAUUCUUGUAUUAAAACCAACUCUCGGGACGGACUACCAUCAAAAGCUAAGUGACUACUGCAGUAUGAUAAUAAUCCUCGUGGGUUGUCCUUGUUGGUUCAUGUCAAGAAAUGGCCGGCCUUCCUUCCACUGCACCUCCCAUUUCUCGUGUUCCUCACGCUUCUCAUCUUUGGACCAGUCUCCCUCUUCACACUGAAGGCCACGCAUGCUCAGGAUCUAAUUGUCGUCAUACCGAGCUAAAACCGGUGAUGGGAGUAGUUUUCGACAAUCAGUGACGGUCACCGGGGAGACAUCAAAUCAUUCUGAUUAUGUGCGAGAAAGUCUGGAGCGACAUGGCCAAAGUCUGAAAAACCAGGAUCUCAUUGCCAAUUUAGUACGUGGAUAUGAGUCCUAGUAAGAGGGUCCAUUUGGUUCCUCUUGUGUUUUCACCCCUUCGAUGCCGGUCAAGGCCAAGAACACGUCGGAUCCCAAGACCACGGCAUUGGCCUAUAUGGGCAUUGCCAUCGGCAGCAAGAACUUAAAGACCUUGAAACGAGAAGAGAUUGACGAAGCCUUCACGUCACAGUUCAUCGCAGCCGUCACGAUGCAGGAAUGUGCCUUGCCAUUCAUCACGAAAAUGGGAUCGAAGAGGCAAUAUCAGCGUGUUCUUCAUGAGAGCUAUCAAUUCCUGGUGAAAUAUGUGGGAGACCAGCAAGCCAUGGAAAAUCCAAAGAAGAAGGCAAAAUAAUGAAGUACGGUGCAUGUAUGCCCCACACCCCAUGCCCCAAUGAGGUGGCAUAUGAGCAUCACAAUCCCCAAAUACAUACAUCCGAUUCAAUAACACUCACACUAAUCAUUUUCCAAUCUUUACUCGAAUCGAUUUGGUUGGAAUGAAACCACUUAGUCAGCAAUGGAGAACAUCACGCAGCCGUUUAAUGACGAGCAAGCAAGUACAUGUCAUAACAUAUUUCAAACUAGUGUCUUGGGGCAGAGCGGGGCCUUAAUGUGAUGGCAUAAACAUAAGGUAACGGUUUCGUUAGGGCUUCAAACUUUGUAUGAUGAUUGAUGACUCUUGACAAAUCGAGCGGAUUACAUCUGUUCUAACGAAUGGCUUAUGCAUUGGCAUUAUUGAUAAUGGCAUCGAUCCUGGAUGGGUCCAUUAGGGACAGCCCCGCUUCUUGAAAGUCCAAACCAUCCUGAUCGCUCAGAACCUCGCCCAUGAUCGGCAUGGACGACGACCGUUUUCCGUUGCGGGUCAACAAGUCGAAGUUGGAGUCUCGUUUGCCAUUGCGAUUGAGGAAGUCGAAAUCGGAUCGCUUUAAGUCAGACGCCCACGAGGAUCGACCAUUGCGAUUCAAAAAAUCGAAGUCCGACCUUUUUCCGUUUCGAG